UCGGACUCCAAUUGGCUCGUUCCAUUUCCGUCUAACCGGAGCUUUCUUCCUCAUUUUCACUACGAGCGAUUGACCGACUGUUCGAACAUGCAGCAGGGCGGAGGAUCUGAAUCGGAGGUCACAUGGGAGGACCAACAGAAUAUUAAUAAAUUUAGUAGGUUGAACAAUCGGUUCCAUGAGCUUGAGGAUGAGAUUAGAACAGCGAAGGAAACAAAUGAUAAUCUAGAGGAUGCAAGUAAUGAGCUGAUUCUCAGUGAUGAAGAUGUGAUUCGUUUUCAUAUUGGGGAAGUUUUUGCUCAUGUACCAAGGGAAGAAGUAGAAGGCAGGUUGGAAGAAAUGAAAGAGGAGAAUGUUAAGAACUUGGAGAAACUCGAGGAAGAAAAGGAUUCUAUUGUGGCCCAGAUGGCUGAGUUGAAGAGAAUUCUGUAUGGAAAGUUCAAAGACUCAAUCAAUCUAGAGGAUGAUUAAUACAGAUAAGUUUUCUGAAGCUGUUUUGAUUCUAUGUUUUUUGGAUCUCGAUGGCAUAUUCUCUCGUGUGGUCGUAGUCUUGGAAUCCUCUGGAAUUUGAUUUGUUUUUUUUGUAGUUGCAUGCUUGUCUCUAUAACAAACAUGAAUAUCCUGUGUUCCUUUACUAGUAAACUAAAUGGAUGGAUUCACUAACUAGUUGCUUAA